ACACAAACUUUAGGGAUAAAUAUUUUGGAUAGUGGGUAACACUGACUGUUCCUUCUUUUUCGUGACGCUCCGCUGCGAGCUGGUUGAUGUUAUCAAACAAAAAGAAAAAAUUCAACAUCAUCAAAAAACACGCUGUCAACAAUGAAAACAGUCAAAAUGAAAGUCCAAGCCCAGCGCAAAUUUGCGCAGGGGGCUUUUGUGCCUCCCUCACCUAUGUUUACAGAGCCACGCAGGAUGACCAUACUAAAUCGACCUGUAGAUAACUCUGUUAAAGUAAUGAGCAACAACAUACCGGCAAAGAACAUGCUAGAUGCAAUCACAUUUUCUCAUCCUGGAAUGCAUCUACACUCACCACGAGUACUACUUGAAAGGCUGUCAAGCACAGAUUAUAAGGCGCCAUCAAAAGAAUCUACACAUAAAAAAAAUACCAGAAAAUCUAUAAAGAAGAACAAACUAAAACAGCAAAACAUAGCUCCUUCGGAGCGUGUACUAAGAUCGAUGAGAGUUGCAUCACCAGGUGCGAUAUCUGAUGACAUGCCUCUGACUUACCAUUUGAAGAAAAGACCACCAAAACCAAAUGUAAUUCCAAAGAAAAACAAAUGUACAAAUACAAAUUACACUGAAAACCAUACGAGAGAACUAACAACAAGUAAAAAAAGGAAGAGUAGCAGGCUGCCGGAUAUUCCUCCAACUGAUCGCAUUUUGAGAAUCUCUAACAGAUCUUCAGCUUGUGGCAGUUGUGAUGUCACCGUGCCAGCAAAAAAUCAGCAGGCGGCAAAACGGAAUAAAAAUGCCAACACGAACGGUAUUAAAAAGUCCAAGCAUGAAGGUCCAGAUGUAGGCAGUAUUCGCUGUAAACCAAUAGAAAAGCUUCUUGAACUGAGCCAACUGCCUGAACAGCCUGCACCACGCGCUCAAGGUACUAGUGCUGAUGCUAAUGUUGGCAAACAACAAAAGAGUAACACUGGCAACAUUGUACCAAGCACUUCUACAUGCAUAAUUGAUACACAUACAGCAUCACUUACUAAUCCUGUCGUUCAAUUACCAUUGUUAUCCAAUUUAUGUGAGCCCACACCAUCUACAAGCGGUUCCAAUAUUAACAAGAACACUGCAAGCACAAAGAACAAUGCUACAUCAAAUGAGCCAAUGCCGUCAACCAGUUCUGAAUAUGAUUUUGAAAAUGUACCUGAAGAAGAAGAAUCACUAAGAAAUAGAAAACCAAGUGAAUGCGGUUUAUCAGAAGCAGGAUUUUAUGAGGUGCCUGUUUACCACCCCACUGUGAAGCAAUUUACUGAUCCUUUGUCAUUUUACAAUAAAAUUGCACCCGAGGCUUCUGCAUUUGGGUUCUGCAAAGUAAUCCCUCCAAAGAUGUUUCAGCCAGCAUGUAAUCUAAAUGGCUUAGAUCGACUUGUUGUAUCGAACCAGUAUGUGAGUCGCCUCUAUAACAGAUUUGGUGAAGGAACAAAGGAGAUGUGUACCAUUAGGUCUUACAUGGCAAGUCAUGGUAUUUUUGCGAAAACACCACUGAUUGACGGCUUGGAAGUAAAUCUACCACAAAUUUUCACACUUGUACAACGAUAUGGUGGUUUCAAUGAAGUCACACGAAAAAAUAAGUGGCAGAAAGUGGCAGAAGAAAUGAGUCUGCCCAAACUAUCAAACCCUGACAUUAAAUUAGACCGAAUAUACCUAAAAUAUAUGCUACCAUAUGAAAUUCUAACCAAUGAAGAAAGAGUAAACCUGAGAAAAAGCAUUGAAAAGUGUUGGUUAGAAGAGUACCAGGAAAUGAAUCAGCGUGCUAGAAAUCCUCUGCAAGUGAAAAAAAUGUAUGAUGGACAAAAAAGAGCCUCAUCCCCAAAAAAUGUGAACGAAAAAACAGCCCCUGAUCCAGAAAAACAGAAACUCCAAAAUAUGAAAAAAAUUAUCUGUGACAUAGAAGAUUGCGUCAAGCCUGGCCGAAGCAUGCCGCUUUCGGUGUUUAAGAAGAUUAACGAAAGUGCUAAUCAAGUGUAUUUAAAGAAGAAACGGACUAUAGACGCAAUAGAAAAUUUUUACUGGGAUGCUGUGCUAAAUGCCAAAGACCACAUAGUAGUACAUACAGCAUCAGUUGAUACCAGUGAUCGUGAUAUUGGAUUUUCCACUGAGGAAGGUGUUUCAAUGUUCAAUCACCCAUGGAACUUGAAACAUGUGCGGAACAAUGAGCGAAAUAUGCUACGGUCGUUAGGCCCAUUGGUACCCAUUAAUAAACCAAUUGUGCACUUUGGUAUGCUUUUCUCAAGUAACUGCUGGCACAGAGAUCCUCAUGGGUUGCCCUGGCUCGAAUAUCUUCACACGGGCAAAGAAAAAAUAUGGUAUGGAGUACCUGCAAACCAAAGUGAAAAAUUCCGUAAAGCUAUGGAGAAGAUAUGUCCCUUAUACGUACAAAAUAAAAAGGUCUGGCUCUCGUCGGACAUAGCUAUGAUUCCACCAGACCUACUAGCCAAACAUGGAGUAACAUUAUUUAGAGAAGUCCAAUCAAAAGGAGAAUUCAUUUUUAUAUUUCCCAAAGCGUACACUUCGUCUAUAUGUACAGGAUACUCUAUAUCAGAAAGUGUUUAUUUUGCGAUGGAGCCAUGGACUUACGUCGUGGCCAAUAUAGUCAAGGAGCUGCGAAACAGCUGGGAGCCUAUGAUGUUCGCACCAGAACAUCUUUUUAUAGCUUUAAUCCGAGACAACAGUGUUCCUAUCGAUGUUGUAAAGCGUAUAUAUCCUGAGUUCAAACGCAUAAUCAAUGAGGAAAUCACCUGCAGAUCCGCUUUACUCGACCUAGGAGUUGUGGAGAGUUUCUCAAGUCGAAAAGAUGAUAUCUGGAGGGGAAAGGAGGAGGAAGAGUGUGACGUGUGCAGACGCCCGCUUUAUAUUUCAAAAGUGAAAGGAUCUAUCAGUUGCACACCCAUAGCACCAAUUUGCCCUCAAGAUGCGAAACGCAUACUGCGAACUGCUCAGGUAGAAACCCAUUUAAGGCUCGUGAUCAUGAUUUCGAAUUUGCAAAUAAAAGAAAUUUUAACACUUGCAGAUUUAAGAAUAGCGUCUUCAACGAAUAAUUAAACCGUUGAACAAUAGUUGAAUUCGUAACUUUCAACUGAACCAUUUUCUCUAAAUUUUAUAUUUUUCAUAUAAAUGUUAAGCUAACUGGUUACUUAUACAUUGCAACUACUGGAGGUUGCUAUUUUAUGCUCACUACGUUUAUUUAAAAGCGGACGCCCCUUACUUAACGUGAAAAUCAGUGUAAACUUUCAUCCUCUUUUUUAUUUGACUCUAUUACACUUUUCAUUAGUGGUAGAGCGUUUUGUGUUGAAAGAUUAUUGUUGCAAGUGUAUUUUGGAUUCUUGUGAGCGAUUUUUGGAGUUUACUCCUUAAGAAUCGAUUUUUCAUAUGUAGCCCCGGUAUGAAAAAAAUAUGGGCACUAAAUUUCGAUGUACAUAUGACAGAGUUACUCCUGAAAAGUGAAAUGUAUGCCCACCUUUCACCGUGGGCUGCCGCCAACAGGCGCGCCCAAGUGUGCCCGAACGCAUGUGCAUGCUGUUAACGGGAACGCUCGCCGCGGCCUGCUGCUCCUCAGUUGCGCACAUUUCACUUUUCAGGCGUGGGUAUUGAGACGUACGUAGUGUAUGCUGCGGGGCAACAUACUCGUAUACCUAUUUAGAAAGUUGAUCUUAAAGAGUAAACUCCUUUCGUGCGUCGUAGCUGACACACAUUUUUUUUUUCAUAUUUAUACCGUUACCUGGUAUACAAGUCAUCCGUCAAAGUGUUAAGUAUAGUUUAUAAAAAUAUUAUUAAUAUAUAAUAUAUUAUAAGUAAUAAGUUUAAUGUCAAGUUCAAUAUAAUAUAUCGACAGUCCCUACGUACAAAGAAAGCGUCAUGUCAAAUAGUGAGGUUUCGAGAGAGCGCUUUUGAAGUUCAAAUGCUUCUAUGUAAAAUUUUGUAGAUUUUUCUUCUUUGCUGUUUUUUGUAGUUCGAGAUCCGGCAUAAGAAAUAAAUACCCUCAUUUGUUAUUUCUUUGGGGUAGGAAAUAAACGAUAUAAAAUAUUCAAGUUUACACGUUGUAAAUAGGUUGCCUAGUUAAAACAUACAAAAUCUAGGAAACCAUGAAAGUUGAUUAAAGGCAGUAUAUAGUUAAAUUAAACUAAGCUUUUAUUUGAUUCUAUCUAUAUCUAUUGAGGACUAAAUACCUAAUGACUUAUUCCUUAUAUUUCUUAUCACUAAUAUCAGAUGAUAUAUUUCUAAUGCUGGGUCUUGGACGAUUUAGCUCUUGUAUAUUUAUAAGGGAACAAAUAUUAAUAACAACAAUAAAAAUACAUGUAAAACGUAUUAGUAUUGCUUGGAUUUUAAAAUGUAACCGCUGAUUAAUGUGACAUGUCCUUUUGUAUGUAGAGAUCAUCGGUUUUUAACUUUAUUGACACCCACCUUUUCUCUUAGGAGAAAAGAUUCUGUGAUUUACUUUGGAUCUCGAAUUUAACAUACUUUUAAUCCUAAUAUAUGUAAGAGAUAAUGACGGAGUUUUUUCAUUGUAAAUACAGGGUUUCCCGUUUUUAAUAGAUAAAACUCAAAUGGGAGAUACAUACCUAAUUAUAUCUAACUUUACUAAUUUGAUUUGUUUUGAAAAAAGUUGAUUUGAUUUGUUUUCAGUAGAAUAAUAUUUUUUUUCGAAUUUUUCUAUCUUGAAUUAGUUUAUUAAUUAUAAUUUUUAUUACAUUCAGAAGGAAAUUAAUCUAAAAAAAUAACAUUUUUACGAGAAAAGAUUCCUUACAGACCUACACUAAUUUUUCAAAUGUAAAUUAAAUUUAAUUUUUCUUUAAAUGAUAUCUUGAAACUAGAUUUAAUUUGAAAUAGGAAUCAAAGCGUUUAAAAAAACAAAUAAGUUUGAUAUUUCUCAUUAGGCAGAAAUAGUUUUAAUAGCAUGUUACGUCACAAACAAGUAACGCCUUCUUAUACCUUAUGUACAUGUAUAGUACCUUCAUACAAUUUUUUAUUUUGCCAAAACGCUCCCCAUUAGUCUCAAAGGACAGAGGACUCCCUCACUCUAAAGUUCAAUACCUUGCUUCGUAUUAAAAAAAACAUGGUUUUUUGACUUGGUAUUGGACUUGAUAUUGGAUUAUCCAUUAAUUACGGGACGCUCUGUACCUAUAUUAUUAAGGCAGCGGCGGACUGAGCCCUUCGGGAGCCUGCUGAUUGAUGUUUGAUGUUUAAUUGAUGUCAGUAUAAAUAAAUGUACUUUAAAAAU